AUGUCACAAACGAAAAGGAAACGAGAUGACAAGUCGCGGCGAGAAAUCAGCAACAGCCUUUGCACAUGGACGCUGAAUAAUGUGAGAAAGGCAAAAGUUUUCCACACAUGGGGUCGCCGCGAAGGCGCGUGGAUGAUGGAUCCAAAGCCGAAAAGUUCUAGUGGAAGAAGAGCCGUUUAUGUCGCGAAUUUUUACUAUGGAAAUCAUCUUCUGGAGUUUUCUGAUACCAAACGAUUCAGGGACCUCCGGUAUCGAAAACGCCACACUCUCCCCUUCUACUACAUCGGAACUGGUCAUGUGGUCUACAAUGAGCAUUUCUACUACAAUCGGGCUUUUACCCGCAAUAUCGUGAGUUACAACCUGAAGGAUCAGGAGAUGGUCGCCUGGACACAUCUUUCCGACGCAAUUUACGAUUCUGACUCGCCUUUUACGUGGAAAGGGCAUAGUUGGAUUACGCUUUCGGUUGAUCAACGGGGUCUCUGGGUGAUCUACCCGUCAGUAAGCCCACAAGACUACCACCAAGAAGAGCGGUUGAAGCUUCAGCUCCUCGACCCUAAGGAUUUGAGCGUCAAGCAAAUUAUCGAAACUUCUACGACGACAAAGCAGAUAGGGCAUAUCUUCAUGAUGUGUGGUGUCCUCUAUGCGACCGAGCCUGAUGGGAAGAAAGAUGGUGUUAUUCGAUACGCGAUCGAUACAAUCAGCGGAAGAACAAGAGAUAUUCAUGUGGAGUACCCAGACAGCUAUCAUCAUAUCGUGCAAAUGCAAUACAACAUGCGCGAGAAAGCUCUCUUCGUCUGGAAUAAUCGUCGCCAAAUGGUCUACUAUCUCGACUUCGUUGUAUGA